CCCUGACGCCCUGCGGGGCCUUAGAUUGGGGUGUCUCACCAGCCUGGGCCAGUGGGUAGCCCCGGGCGGAAGCUGCCCUUUCUGAGCUCUUUGCUUCUCAGCCAUUUCCUGGGCGCAAGCCCGACUCCGCUCGGAGCUACGGCAGUGUCGAUCGGGAGUCACGCCAGUGCGCAAGCCAGUGCAAGCCAUGGGCUCUGCCGCAGUGACAGCAGCAGCGCCCCGGCAAAGAAAAAAGGGGGAGAGAGGAGGCGACACUUUCCCUUCGGUCAAACGUUGGGAACCAGCUUAUUUUGCUAACAUUCUCUUGUGAAGGAAAAAAUGGUUUUCACUCGAAUCCUGAGUCCCGCAAAAAUCCUUUCCCCUGGUGCUUGCAGGGCAGCUCCGCACCGGAUCACGCUGCACCCACGGGAGGGCCCGUUCUCCAGCGAGGGAGCCCUCCAGGGCAAAGGCGAGCAAACGGCAGAAGCGCUGGGUCUGCAAAAGGCCUUGCUGGGGCAGGCCAGGCACGGCACAGAGCACUCCCCGGGCACGGCCGCACAGGCGGGGGUCCAUUCGGCAGGGCGGGGGCAGCGGGGGGGGGAAGAGCCCUGGGCGUUAGCAGCACAUGGCGUGUGUCAGCGUAGGGGCUUCCUGCGGACAGCAGCCUCAUGCCUGGCUCUUUCUCUUCCAGGAGCUCCUGGCUGGAGCCGUGCGGCUGCACUGAGCAGCUUGGGGCCCCGCGCAUGGAGUAGCCCCGGGCCGGCCAGCGCUCUCUGCGCACAUCCCUGGCGGCUGCUUGGGGCCGGCAGGAUGGGCGCCGAGUGACCCACACCCUGGCCCAGCUCCCGGCCUGGCGGGCGUGCCACGGCCCUGCGAUGAGUGAUGUGUCUACGAUGGAUUAUGAACUGCUGUCCCCCUCCCUGGCGGAGCCGCCCGCCGCCGGCCUGGGCAUGGACGCCGAGCAGAAGACCGUCUUCGCCUUCGUCAUCUUCCUCCUUGUCUUCUUGGUGAUGCUGAUGGUGCGCUGCUUCCGCAUCCUGCUGGACCCCUACAGCCGCAUGCCCGCCUCCUCCUGGACUGACCACAAGGAGGGGCUGGAGAGGGGCCAGUUCGACUAUGCGCUGGUGUAGCGGGGCCCUGGCCCCCCGGCCUGCCCCCCAAGAAAGCGGUGAGCCGGCCGCACCCAUGGGGCCUGCCUGGGUCUGUCUCCUUUCCGGGCACAGCUCCAUUUCCUCCUCAGGCUGCAGUGCCAUGCGCGGCUUGGCUCUUGGGGGGGUCAGGGGAAGGGUGCCCGGGACAGAACUAGUCUCUCGAGCCCUCCCAAUGGCAUUUUCUUGCUGCAUUGUGUGCUAAGGGGCUAGGCCUGGGGCGGGGCCGGUGUGGGCAGGGGCGGGGCUUACUGGCAUGUGGGGGGUGCAGGCUGGGUUUCUCAGGGGUUUUGGUCUGGGUGGCAGUGUACUCCACACGGCCGGAGCUCAGCUGUUGGGGGCGAGGGUGCGGGGGACUGAGUUUCCCUUUGGUUUACUUGUCCCGACAGGGUACCCCAUGCUGUGUGAGCUGGACACUGCCUGAACCUGCCCCACAUGCCAGCAGUGCACAGCGCCCCCCAUGGGCCCUGCUCUGCAUUACACUGUAGGGAACUCAAGAGCAGCGUGUGUGUCCAUCCUCCCCCGGCCCCCUGGCUGGAAAAAUAUGCCUCUGACCCAAAGGCAGCCCUGCAGCCUGCCCCACAGCCUUAGCAAUGGAUGUGGGGGGCCCAGGGCCCCCCGCUUCUCCUUGCCUUGGGGCUGCUGCAGUGACAGGAAGGAAAUAAUGCAGCCCUGCGAGCUCAGGCCGCCUGCCCCCAGCGCUGUUCCCAGGCCUGCCAGCGGCUCAGCACCAGAGGCUGGCUCCAGGGGAUGCAGCAAAACCUGCAGCUGGUGCAUGGGACCAGCAGCAGAGCCCCUGGCCAGGACACGAGCCAGGACGCUGAGCUCUAGGCUGAGAGCCCAGGGUGCUGCAGCACUUCCUGCUCUCCCCCUUUGCACAUGCCCCAACCCUUGGCCUCAGCCCCUCCUCACACCCCCAGCUCCAAGAUCUUCUCCUUUCCAAACUAAACAAGCCCGGUUCCUUCAGCCUCCCUCACAGCUCCUGUUCUCUCGACCUUUCAUCAUUCUUGUUGCUCUUCUCUGGACCCUCUCCAGUUUCUCCACAUCUUCCUGACACGUGGUGUCCAGAACUGGACACAAGACUCCAGCCGAGGCCUGGUCAGCACAGAGUAGAGCGGACGAAUGACUCCUCAUGUGAGCUGAGGUGAGAAGCUAGGUGGGAGAUGCCUUGAAAACAGUUCAUGGUUAUUGCUCUCUCUAGCCAUCCUGCAGCCAAACAGCCUCGUGCAUCUUCCAAACCUUGAGCAUCCUCCUUGAGCUAAGGGCACUAGCCCCUCUCAGCCGGCGCCGCACCCUGUCUGGGGAGCACAAAUUAAGCUAAAGCGACAUUACACCAUCCCAGGAAAGGAAAACUCACUUGAGCCAGAAGGCCCCUUCCCGCUGCUCUCAGCUAUUCCCACCACAGUGGCCCUUGCUCACGGCCUACUCUUUGGCUAGCUACAGUGGGGGGAGAGCGAGGGGGGGGGCACGCCAAGAAUUUGGAAAGUGGUCGAGGGCUGCAUGGAGGGGGCUCAGGUCUGGGUGCAAAAGGGAGCUCGAGGUAGGGGACUAGGAUCUGAGACGGAGUUUGGGUGAAGGAGGGUGUUGUGACCUGUGAUUGCAGUGCAGGGUCUGGUAGGGGAUAUGGGUGCAGGGGAGGAUUCUGGGUUGGUGGAGGGGUGUUGAAGAGGGUGCAGUGGUGGGUGGCAGUUGUGACCUGGGGCUGGAGGGAGAAGGGUGUAGA